AUGAAAGAUGAGUUGAACUAUCAUGAAGCUCCUCCUAGAAUGGAAAGCCAUCCAUGUGAAGGGAAAGAAGACAGAGUAAGCUAUUGUGAAUCAGAUAUUUUCUCCCUUGAUAUUUUAAAAUGGUUAGUAUUUGACUAUGAGGUUGAUCUGAUGGAGACACCACUCCCGGUGACCCCUGACCACAGCUUUUCGGAGUUACGGGAACCACCUCCUUGGUUUGCUGAUCACGAGGGGAAGAAGGACAGAGAUGAGGCUGAGAAAUGGAGCGCCUCUGCGUGGCGGAGCAACAGUGGCGUCCCACUUGGCAGUGGUUCCGCAUAUUCCGCCGCAGCAGAGAGGGAAUGCCCCGGGGGCCCCACGCAGUCGCCGUCAGAGUCGGGCUUUGGCCCUCAGCCCCCGGGGAGCAAGUCGCGGCCGCCAGGACGCGGCCUGGAAGACCUCAGGCGGCGGCUGGUGCGCGCCUUCCAGGGUGCAGUUCCACGCGGGGCCUCCAGGCGCCCGCCUGCAGCAGCGGCUGGGGAAGAGCAGAGUCCGGCGAGCGUCCAGAGCAUCGUGGCGGGGCUGCGCGCGGAGCUGCUGGAAAUGCGUUUCCAAAAUCGUCACCUGGCCAAAACUUUACUGGAUUUAAACAUGAAAAUGCAGCAGUUGAAAAAGGAGUAUGCACUAGAAAUUGCAUCAGAAUCUCAACGCUCAGAAGAUAAUGCCGUGAAUCUGGAAUGAGGAAAUUGAAGAUCUGAAUCCUAAAAUUAACAUAGACACUUUCGAAAACAAUCCUGAAAGUAACAUUGUGGAUGCUCUGCAUGAGAUUUGAGGGAUAAUUUGUAGCCUACAAACUCUGAUGCCACAGGAAGGGGACACAAAACAUCUAAGAGAGAGGAGAGGGAAAAUGAUGUGUUGUCAUUACAAAGUGAUGUAUUCAUUGUUUCGGCUGGGAAAUAGAAGCGAAACUACAACGUAUUGAAGAAUGUCUUAAUGCCGAUUUCCAGCCUCCUAGCUUACCCCACCUUAACUUUCUGGCACUACCUGAACUUUCAGAAUCUGCGCCUCUUUUUGUUUCACUUGGUUAUUCUUGGUUUGUCUGUCCAGUUUGCUAUGUUGUAUCUCAGCCU